AUGGCAUCAAUCACCAAUCUCCCCACUGAACUAAUAGAAUAUAUACUCAUCGAUCUUGACUCACGCGACGCCAUCAAUCUAGCCCAAACAUGCAAAGCCCUCUACACCGUUGCCCUAUCGGCAGCUUACCACACCAUCACCCUUGUGUGGGACAACACACCCAGGAGCGAUAUAUCUGGUCGCGAGGAAACCGUCAGAAAAGGGCCUAAGAUACAGUCGCUCAUUCUCACGCUGACCGAAAAACCCGGAUACAUCAGGCUCAUCAAGAACAUGGAAUUCUGCGCUGAAGGAUGUCUAGAGUACAACUUUGAAGACGGUUGCAGCACUAGUUUCCCUGGUGUUGAGUUUGAUACAAAACAUGAAGAGUGGCGGAACGAGAUGUUCAGUGUUUAUGUGGAGGAGGAAGGGUUAUGGAGAUGGGGCGCUGGAUACGAGUGGGAGGCUCAGCACAUGAUGGUCGCGUUGUUGGUCGGUAUAUGCCAAGCGCAUCUCGAGUCCUUGACUAUAGCAUGGGAGUUCUUCUUACACAACAAGUGGUUUCCUACGAUGAUGAAGCAUGGGAUUGCGAAGAAUUCUGCGGCGUCUGAAGCAGAAGACGGCGAACCAGCAUGGUUCGCCAAGUUGAAGACCGUACGCGUUACCUUGGAAGAGAAUGAAAAGGCCGAAACAUGGGGGUUCAAUUUCGAACAGGAACAAGGUACCUUACUACUGUUCUUCUACUUGCCGAUGAUUGAGUCGCUCCAAAUUGUUGCGUGUUCGGAGAGAGACGAGCAUGGCGGAAUAAGGAGCGAGGAAGAAGAAGUCGAUCUCUCAUUUGAGUGGCCACUAGAAGUACCUCCUCUACCGCAUACACUGAAGACCCUCCGCCUUGUUCGCUCUUCAAUGGACCCGCUCACCAUUCACCAUCUGCUCAGGCAAGCUACAAACGUCAGGAUCUUCGAAUAUGAUUGCUACAUGCACCCAGACUACGCGCCUCUCCAGUUGUCGAUCUUGAAGGAUGCACUGCGACAUGUACGUACUACGCUUACCGAUCUGAUUGUGCGCUACGAACAUUACAAUAACGUGUAUUUAAAUUGCGUUGCACUUGAAACCGAAGACGCAGUGACAGGCAGCCUCGGUCCAUUACACGAUUAUUUUCCCGUGCUUACCAACUUGACCAUAUCUCUUCCAGUGCUGUUUGGUAUCGAGACCGCUGCUUCGGACGAUACACCUAGUCUUGCGGACUAUCUUACUGCAACUCUGGAAACGUUGACCAUUACGGACGAUCUUUGGGAGUACGAAGAACUUCAAGGGAGGUAUGAAGAUCUCAACGCCAUGGCCAUUUUCCGACAAUACCUUGCAGGUGAAACACCGAGUAGCCGGCCGCUUAGAUCAGAGCCAUACACAAUUGAGACGACCAGAGGAAAGGUGGAUCCAGACAAGAUAGAGAAUGGAAUCCUUUGGGUGCAAGGACGGGAGCCAGAGUGGAAGACCGCAACACCCCGGUUGAAGAAAUUGACAUAUGAUUUGACAAAGUUGUGCAUAGGGUACUGGACACUGUCCAAGCCUAAAGAGCAGCUACUGGGAUUAUGUGAGAGCCAAAGGAUCGAAGGCGAAGUUUUAUUAUGGGCUCUUAACGAUUACCCCAAUCUCAAGAUUUAUGGCUGGCGUUGA